AUGUCCACUUGUCACUUGGCAACCUCGAGCCGACACGCUCCACUAGGCAGCAGACGUGGCUAUCAUUUCGCGGGCUUCUUCGCCAUUACUUUUGCGCUGCUUCUGCUCCACGACCCGAGCAGCAGUGGGCGGGUACAGGCCGCUCCCUUGCCACCUCCCGAUGUCCUGACGGUACCCUGGAACAAGCUCGACCAGACCGGUUACGAACUCCUUCCUCAUCGAGCUGACCUCGCCAAUAGCGGCCACCAUGUGGGCUCCCUCCCGGAGGCGACAUACACGACGGCAGUGGCAAAGGGUAGCAAAGUUUCUGAGGGCAGCCUCCACCCGAUCGUUCCCGAGUGAGUAGUGGCGCAUGCAGGCCAGCUAGGACGUCAUAGAGACUGACGCCUUCAUGGCUUCUCAAAUCGUGAUUUGAUCUGCUCAGGAAUCCGAGAUUGGAAGACGUGAGUUACCGUCGUUUCCUCGUCUAGAACUUGAAGCCCAAACUGACGAGCCUUCGCAUUCCAAUCCGACAAUGCCAGAUCCCGCCUGGCCACCACGUGGCCUAUCACGAUUCCAAGGGAAGCCUCAAAUUCGAGUGGCACCCAGGCAAGGGCUUCUUGCGUGCACACGGUAAGGCUGUCGAUCCACAGACUUAUAGGCCGCUCAAGCAUACCCUGGUGAGUGCCGCUGGUGAAGGAGGGCAAGGAUAUUGUUUGGGAGCACUCGCCCGGUCAGAAGUGUUGACCUUCCCUCGGCUGUCGCAGCAUGAUGAGCUCGACAAGCUUUACAUGAUUGUGGGCAACAUGAACGAAGCGCCCGCGAAAAGAACGCGUUUCGUGUACGACAAGUCCAGCGUAUCCUGGCUACCUUUCAGUGGCAACUUCCCAAAUGUGGUAAAGCAGUCAGCUUCCAAGGUGAAGCCGAAGGUGGAUCUGCCAACAGUGCGAACUUACCAGCAAGCUCACGAGGAGCUCCAAGGGCUUCCGGUCCACGGAAGGCAGGCUGCAAGCGGAGCGCUAUCGCCCACCUUCUCUGGCAAGCCUCCUCUCCCUCGAGCCUCCUCCUCGAACGACUUGCCACCUUUGGCUAGCGCCGCUUCCCCAUCCGGCAAGCCCAAGCUCCCGCACACCAAAUCCGACCCAUUCAGCGGAGCCGAGGUUGUCAAGCCACCGAAACCCGUGCUGAACCGUUCCCACUCUGAAGCCUUGCUGGACCACAUGGAUCGAUCCAAUGCGCCCGUCUUUCCCUACAGGUUCGACUUGAUGCCUACGAGUCCCAGACUACGAGACAGUCGGUUUGCGAGGCGCACUGCUGCAUCCAGGCUCUCCAACGAAAGUAAGACCACGCGUCAUUCGGAUCAGCCUGCGCUUUGA